GUAGAAUCCCUUUAAAAUAUUUAUGCUGGGCUGCAGAGGCUAAUUUAUAGUAUGCACAAAGAUUUAAAUAAAUAUAUAUGGACAACUUGGCUAUUUGACUGUAGGAGUAAUAUAACAUCAUCUGAAAAGUGUUAAUGCCAAAGAGAGAGAGGGUUAUGAUGUUCAGAGGAGGUAUAAUAGCAUAAACUGAAAUAAUCCUAGAUUGGCCAGCAAUAAAGAAUAUGAACUAAUAGGCCUCUUCAAUCUCUUAAAUUUCUAUUAUACUAAUGACAUUCACAAAAGUUGCACUCCAUUCAGCACAUUUCAUCCUCUCCAAAUUUCUACAGUACAGUACUAACCAACAACAUUUAACAGAGAACUCAUUAGAGGGAAAGGACCCAAAUACCACUCUGAGUCAGAAAGAAGCCUGUUCUCUCUUUUCCUUAGGUAGAAUUGAUAAGAAAUCAUACCUGCUUUCACAAGGGCUUGUUUCAGUUCAGUUCACGGCUUUUCAUCAAAAUCAUAAACUCUUAGUGUACACGAAUAAUACCUCCUCCAUCCUGAAAGGAAAAAGAAGCAUGAGUUGAAGUGAUUGCCCUAUGUUUUUUUGAGAACUUCAAAAGAAAUGUGUGAAGGAAAUGCAGUAGACAUAAUAUAUUUGAAUUUUCAUAAAUCAAUGUUCAUUUUCCACACAAUAUUACUAAUUAUAUACAUUCCAAUUGGCUUGUGGCUGAACACGGUCGCUAGGAUUGAAGGCUGGUUGAAGGAUGACUCAAAAAUUUAUAUAUAGCAAUGCAACUGGUGAGGAAGGGAGUGGUGUCUAGUGGAGUACCACCAGGUAGGAGACAGCUGAUUCUAAAUUGGCAAGUGUUGCAAAAGCUAGUAAGGACAGACAAAUGAUAUGAAGGAGACUACUAGUAGAAAUAGCUAUGUGAUCUACCAUAUCUUAGAUAUUUCUGAGGUGCCUAUCAUUGUAUUAUCUAAGCACCAAUAACAAAAUGAAACUUAUCUUGGAAAAAGGCAGGCUAGUACACAAAAAUAACCCCAAACCCAGAUCGUCAGUGAGAAGGAGGAUAAUGCAAACCGAUAAACCAGACAACCUAUGCACUCAGGGAUGAAGGUGAAUAGCACACUAGCGAUGAUUUGUUAAUGUAACACAGAAGGCCAAGAAAUGUUAGGCUGCAUAUAAAAAGGCAACAUGUCCUGGAGCAGGGGAAUAAUACUUCUUUCUCCAUGCUUCAGUGCUAGAAAAAUAGUGACAAACUCGAGACUGUUUAGACAAGAACACCACAAAUUAUUAGGGGGAAGCCUGUAGGGAAAGAUUGAAAGAACUAAAAUGACAUAUUACAGCUUGGUUAAGUGAUAACUAAGAGCCAGAUCCUGCCUAGCCUUUACAGUGGUUAGGCCAAUGUAAGCAGCCUGUGCACGCAAGUAGAAUUGCAGACCUUGCAGUCAGGGGAGCAGUGUCUGCUCAGUUCUUACUUUCCCAGGGACACAGCAUUCCCAAAAGAAGUGUGAGAGGAGAUGGGGCUAUAGUAUUCCCACCAAUUGCACUGGAGCAGGACUUACACACAAAGGGGAGAAGGUCACUACCACAAAAGGGUGUGAAAGUGGAUGUGUUCUCUCUGUGUGCCCGGGGACAGAGAGAGAUUUUAUCUCCGAGGUAGGAUGUCUCCUGGUGCUCCAACUAGGGCAGUGCAGUUAAGCAUCACCCCUUAAAAAUGGACAGUGCCUAAAUGCCAUGCGCUAACUUUAAAUCUGGGACAAGAUCACCAUCUUCAGACAUCUGACAGAUGGAGAUAGUUUCUAUGGUGAAAUAAACAGGAAUACUGAGAUCAAAGUAAGAAAGCGAACAUUUAAGUUAAAUAUCAGGACAAAAAUACAGUGAGAUAUAUUAGGUGAUGUGUAAGGUGCUAUAAGUUAGGCCUUGGCUACACCAUAUAAAAUAUUCCAGUAUAGUUAAAGCAUACAUCCCCUUACUGUGGCUAAUACUGGUAUAAAGAUGCUUAUUCCAGGAUUGCUUAUUCCCCUAUGGGAACAGGAAUACUUAGGAUCUGUAGGAUAUAAUUUUUAUUUUUUUUUCAAUUUCAACAAUAUUGAUUUUUAUUCCUGGCCCUGCAAGGAGGACGAGGCCCAAGCCACAGGGUGCUGCUGGACAGUUCCUGCCCUGGAUAACCUCUGCACUUCUGGCUGCUCUUUUCUGAAGAAUGGCUCUGAGUGACCUCCUCUACCCAGAUAACCCAAAGAGACGUCAAGAAGUGAUCCGUCUGCACCAGGAGCUGCUGGACUGCAUGUUGGUUAAUUUCCAUGCCACAGACGAACUGAUUGCAGUACUGAAUACACACUUGGGGUGCACAAUUGCCCAGAUUAAGAUGGAAAAGGGUGGCACCAUCAAGGAAAACUGUGACAUUAUCAUCCAAGCUAUGAGCGAGAUUCAACGGGAAGUAUGGAAGAUUGACAAAGAAAUGAAGGAAAUGCUGGAGCCAAUGCUGUACCAAAAGCUUUAUGACAUCAAAGAGCCAGAGGUGGAGAAAAUUGCAAUAGCACACAAAGUUUUUUCGAUUGUUCUAGGAGAAGCUACUUCCAUUGCUGGUAUGGUAGCUGUAAAACUAAUCGGCUCAAAUAUUAUAAUUGCUGCUGUUAACAAGCUGGUCACUCUGCUAGCCCAGAUUGGUGCUUCUGUUCUUGGAGGUAUUGGCAUUGCCAUUCUUGGGCUGGGUAUGGACGUGAUCCUCCAGGCCAUCCUGGGAGCAGUCGAGAGGGAUCAACUUCUGGGAACUGUUAAAAGUUAUGAGGAGCAUCUGGCCGAAUUUAAGGCAGCUUCAGAAAAAUAUCAGCGUGCCAUAACUGAAGUAACUUCUAUGGUGAAAUGUAAAAUUAAUUGAAUGGCUUUUAAUAUUCUCUCUGGCUGUCACAGUGACCACACUAAUUAUGCUUAUAUUAACUUUUCUGAUUCUUUAUGGUAGAGUGAGUGCUCUUAUUCAUUUUUAGCAGCAAUAAGAUAGCCAUGGAAAUGGAGGCCUUUAUGGCUGAGGAGAUUAGCACAGAACUAUACAAAUAGGUAAUUGGUUCAAGACCACUCCAAGUAGGGAGUGUAUGACAGUACCUGCUCCAGAGGUCUGGUAGCUUAUGUGAACCAAGUUGGUUAUUUCCAAUCCACUUCUAAAUGCUCAAAGUACAAAAAUCGCUAUCAAAACUAUCACUAAUUUCUACAGUUUGGAAAAAGGCCAGGUUUACAUUAGACACUUUUGCUGGAUUAGUAAUGCCAGUUAGGGACAUGAUUUUUAAAUGACUUUUCUAUACUACAAGAACCUUAGUGGAGAUGUAGUUAUACUGGUAAUAAAAUAAAAUAAAAUAAAAUAAAAUAAAAUAAAUGUUUUUGCUGAAAUAAGAUGCAUUUAGAGUAGGAGGGUUUGCUGCUGUAACUAUAUUGGCAAAUCUUUUCUAAUAUAGAUGCACCUUAUUUCAGUAACCUUUAUAGGGGAAGGUCAAGGAAUAUUUAACUGCUGUUUCCUGUAACUAUUGUACCAGAUUGGUGGAGCCAUCAAGUGCUCAUCUUAAAGUAAAUUCUAAUCCUGAGAGGUUUGUGGUUUGCAAAAUCCCCUAAACACUAUAGUUAAGAGAAGUUGUCUCUAGUAUUCCAAGGGGCUUUAUUUACAGUAUCUCUUAAUAACUUUUUGUAUCCUCAUUAUGAGCCUGCUCCUGUAAACACACAUGUAAUUAACCUUCUGCACGUGUGUAGUCCCACUAGGGUCAUUGGGACUACAUGCAAAAGUGUUUGCAAGAUCGUUGCCCUAUAAAUCAUAGGACUUGUUAUGCUAUUUUAUUUUAUUUUCCUUUAAAGUCAUUCACAUGCUAGUGAUGUGAGCAUACAGAGGACUUGUUCAAUACAAUUCUGAGUUUCAUACACCAUUAUAGGAAUAGUACAAAAUUAAAUGCCCUUAACUUGCAUACUUUGUAAACAAAAGGCUAGAGUAAAAAGUGUGAUUUGUAUUCUUUCUCUCUCUCUCUCUGACAUGCUGUGAUUUGAUUCUCUGCUUUGUUUUUUGCAGAAAAAUUGUAAUUUAAAAUGAAUUAGAAAUAUAUAUUGUAGGUUUUGAAAGUUC